UCCCAGUGAGAGAGUGGCUGGUUUUGAGUUCGUUCUUAUUUAUACAAUCCUGACUCGAAGCACACCAACUGCAAGACGUCACCUGUCCCCUGGCCAUCUAUAUCUACCGUUUACUCCGGUGCCAUACAAUCUUGUUUUGACCUCGCGACUCUCGAGUCUCGACGAAGCCGUUGUUGCUUCGGGCGGACCGGCACGUCUAAAAAGAGGGGCAUCGGGCCAAGCGGGAAUUAAUUGCGGCGCGGCGGCCGGUGUGGUGUGGUGUGGCUCUGCUCUUGUGCUCGGGCUCGCGCUGCGUUUCUGGCUGCUGCGGCAGUGGCCAGUGGUCACCCCCGACCCCAAAUCAUCUCCACCUCCACCCCCUCCGCGUGGCCGUCUUCCCCGGCCUGCUCCCCACCAUAUCUGUCUGGUGCGUGGCGCCCUUCCUCCCCGGUCUCCACUUCCCACUGCGACGCUAGCUAGCUAGCUAGCUAGCCGAGGUAGAGGCGGCCAGGUCUCCCUCCCACGACCUCCACCUCCACCAAGUCGUCGCUUCCCUCUCUGGCUCUCGAUCUCUGCUCUGUCUCUGCAUGAGCUGCUGAAAGCGUGUGGCCUUCCACAAUCAGUUCGUGGAGAGUUUCGUCGGCGUCCAUGGAGAAGCUGCGCCGCCGCCGCCGCCGCCGCCGGCGGGUGGUGGGUGUCCUGCUGCUGGUGGCGCUGGUCUCCGUGCUCCCCGAUCUCGGCAGCUGCAACGAUGCCGGACAAGGAACUCUGAACCCAGAGGAAGGAAUCCGCUCCGACUCCGAAGCCCGGAUAAUCCGCGGCGACCGUACACGAAAAAUUCUGCAGGAGCAGCAGAACAAAUACUGGUCCGGAUAUUUCGGCAACAAGGCGGCGUGGCCAGAUUUCACCAACAACAAUCCAUCGACGUUCACGCCACAGUAUCCGCAAUGGCCACCAUGGCCGUGGACACCGAAGGUUACGCCGCCGAUGAGCUUUCCUCCGUCGCCUGCUCCGGCACCUUCGCCGGCGGUGGUCGCCAAGCCUUUGCCGCUGCCCGCGCAUGAUGGAAAUCCUUCACACAGCAUUGCACUGCCCCCACAGCCGCCGGCCGCGGUGGUGCCGGCCGGCACCGGCAGUAGGCCGGUGGUUGCCGGAGUUGCGCCUGGAGCGGGGCACUCUGGUCAUGUUAGCAGGCCUGUCUAUGUCAUCGCCGCGGCGGGUGCCUCCCUCCUCGCGGCCGUGUCGGUGGCGCUCUUCGUCGUGUGCUACCGGUCCAGCAAGGUGGUCACCGUCAGGCCGUGGGCGACCGGCCUCAGCGGGCAGCUACAGAAAGCAUUUGUCACAGGCGUGCCAUCACUGAAGAGAUCGGAGCUUGAGCUCGCCUGCGAGGACUUCAGCAACAUCAUCGGCUCCUUGUCGGAUUACAUGGUGUACAAGGGGACGCUGUCGAGCGGCGUCGAGAUCGCGGUGGUGUCGACGACCAAGAAGUUUGCCAAAGAAUGGUCCAAGCACUGCGAAACACAGUUCAGGAAGAAGAUAACAAGCUUGUCCAGAGUCAACCACAAGAACUUCGUGAACCUGCUGGGCUACUGCCAGGAAGAGCAGCCCUUCACCAGGAUGAUGGUGUUCGAGUACGCUCCGAACGGCACACUCUUCGAGCAUCUCCACGUCAGAGAAGACGGCCACCUGGACUGGCCGACGCGCCUGCGGGUGGCCGUGGGCGUGGCCUACUGCCUGGAGCACAUGCACCAGCUGAGCCCGCCGGAGAUCCUGCGCACGCUGGACACGUCCACCAUCUGCCUGACCGACGACUUCGCCGCCAAGAUCUCCGACGUCUUCUUCUGCGACGAGCCCCGGGAGGAGGCGAGCCUGUCCCUGUCCCUGUCCCCGGCGCUGGCGGACAGGGAGAGCGUGGUGUACAGCUACGGGAUGGUGCUGCUGGAGACCAUGACCGGCCGGUUCACGGCAUCGGGGGGCGGCCUGCUGGAGGGCUGGGCGGCGGGGUACCUGAGAGGGGAGCGGCAGCUCAGGGACGUGAUGGACCCCGCGUUGCGGAGGUCCUUCCACGCCGCCACCGUGGACCGGCUGGACGGCGUCAUCAGGGGCUGCACCGACCGCGAGCCCAGGCGGCGGCUGACGAUGCCGGAGGUCGCCAGGCGGCUGAGGGAGAUCACCGCCAUGCCGCCCGACGCGGCGACCCCCAAGGUGUCGCCGCUGUGGUGGGCGGAGCUGGAGAUCAUCUCCACGGAGGUCAACUGAAACUGAAAACUGACGGACAUGGGAAUAGGAAUGUUUGCAAAGAUUUCAUUGAAAUUCCCAGCACAGGAUCCCGUUCAAAUGCACCUGAAACUGCCGUUUAGUUGAGAAUACAGGUUGAUUUUGUAUUGUUUUUUUUUCCUUUUUUUCUGGUAUUCAUUUGUCCUGUAAAGUUUCUGUCCGUCGUGUACAUACGAACAAUAGAAAGCUACUGCAGCGUGUGGCCAGAGCAGACUUGCGCUGUGCUAAAAUGAUGAAAUAAAGGUCUUACAUCCACAUUUCAGAACUAAA